UAUUAUGAAUACAUUGAAGAUGAAGAAGAAUAAGAAUAAGAUGGUUAGAGCUUAUAAAAGAAACAAACCAGUUAAAAAAUUUAGACUGCUAGAUGGCGAAUUUUGCUUGCGAAGUGCCAAGAGAAGAUCAGGAACAAAUACUGAAUUACACGAGAAAUCACUUAUUAGAGGAGAGAAAAAGGAACAGCAAGACAAAAGAUUUCCAUCAAUAGUGAAAGAAAAGAAGUCUUUGGAUAGUGAAAAUAUUGAACCACAAUCUAACUUUAUUAAGAAACAGGAAAAUGCUCUAUGAAAACAAAUAGAGCCCCAACAGAACGUUGACUUUAAAAGCAAUCUUUCAUCUAAAGAUACAAGCAUUACCUCAGCUAAAAUGUCUAUUCCUUGAGUGAAUACCUUCGAAAACCAAAAUUCUGUCCUCAAAGGUUCUAAUUAAUAAACUCCCAUUUAAAAAUCCGAUAAAAAGGAAAAGAAAACAUUUAUCUCAUAAAACAUAUGAGAAGAGAUACCGAAGUAAACCGUUUGAAAUAAAACGUACUUGAUAUCAUGAAGAAGAAAAUGCUCUCUCUGUCAGUGGAAGUCCACCAUUCAAAUCCAUCCAGAAUGAGACAAGAAAGCGAGAAGCCCUUAGGAAUAAAUAACUGAGAUCUUAAGGAAGAAGCUAUGAAUGGAGUUUGAACAAAAACGAAUCAGAAAGAUAGUCAAGAAACGACAAAGAACCAAAACAAUGAUAUAAAAGAUAAUUCAAGCCAAACUGAAAAUAAACCAAUAAUAAACUCACAAACAGCAUCUGACGAUCUUAUUAACACAGUAAACCUCAAAGAAACAGUAAAACUAAUUACUGAAAAAAAAUCACCCAUUGCAGCCAUCGGAAACAUAUUCCAAGAAAUAGACCAAGAAAUCUCUAACACCGACUUCUCCCUCGAUCCCCCUCCUCCAAGCCCUCCCUCUUCCCUCCUUCCUCUCAACCCUUCACCCCCUCCCCCUCAGCCCCUUCCAUCCCCUCCUCCCCAGACCCUCUCUCCCAAAAUUCCCAAAACCCCUCUUUGCCAAGCCAAAACUUCCAAAUCUCCCCAUCACUUAAGUACUGAAGAACCCAAGAAGGAAGAAGAAGUCUUACUGCAGAACAACAGUGAAGAAGAAGAAGAAAGUGGAAGUGGGGGUACAGAGGAGAUAGAGGAGUUGAGAGUGACUGGAGGGGAAGGAAGGGGAGAUGGAGGAUUUUGAAAGGGAAGUGGGGGUGAUCAAGAGGAGAAGGGAUUGGAGGAGGGAGAGGGGGAUGAAGAGAAGAGAGAGGAGGGAGAAGAAGAGGGUAGGGAGGAUUGUAAGGAAGAAUUACCGUUAGAGAUGACUUUUAUUGAUAUUAGAGGGAAAUUCACCAAUCCUUUUAUUGAGCCACCCUUAGUUCAAAGAGAUAAUCAUUUAGAAAAUGAUCUCAAAUCUCCUCCAAUCAAAUCGAUUACUGCUGAAAAUUUUUACAAAUUUCCUCCAGGUCUUGGGAUACUUCAAAUUCCUUCUAAAGGCUUUUACAAUUUCGGAAAUGACUGCUUUGCCAAUGCAUCGUUCCAGCUUCUCUUCUCAGUGGCUCCACUCAUCAGGUCUUCCCUUGAUGUUCACUCUUCAGGCUCCUUUGCUAGUGCUUCUUAUGGUGAAGUCACAUCCAAAUUUGUCAGACUUGUCAAUGCUUACUGUAACUCAAAGACCAGAGUUAUGAGAGAUAGAGCAUGUAGAGAAUGCUUUAGUAGUCAAUUCACUCUAAACUGGCAACAUGACGCUAGCCUGUUUAUAUCUACUUUGCUUGAAAAGAUCCAGCAAGAACAUGACAAGAGUGAUUCAAUCUUAAGCUUCUCAGAACACAAUACCUGGCAGAGUGCUUGGGAGUUUUACAAGGGACAGAGAACAUCCAUUGUUGAUGAACUCUUUACAGGGUUCUACCAGAACACAUUCAGAUGUGAGCAUUGAUCAGCCGAAAUCAAGAAUUAUGAAGAGUUCAAAAAUAUUCCAGUCUAUUUUGAUGAAGAUCAGAAUGAUGAUUACAAAAUUAAUUUUCAGAAACUAUUUUAUUCUAUAGAAAGUUCUAAAUUUUUCUGAUAUUCAUGAGAAGAGAAGAGAACAUGUACUAUAAGGAAUCAAGUCGUAGUUUCUCCAGAAUAUUUAUUGUUGCCUAUCCAAAGAAUGAAUUCUGCUACAAUGCAGAAAAGACAUGAUUUCAUGGAAUAUGAAGAAGAUGUAAGGAUCUGAACUAGCGAAGAAGGAGAACAAAUCUACUCUCUUAUCAGCGUAAUCUGCCAUUACGGAAGCAUUGAAUUUGGCCAUUACACAGCCUACUGAAAAAGACAAGGCACUUGGAAAUACUUCAACGAUACAAAAGUUUACAAAAGAUGUCGUUCCUACAUCACUGAAGACGCAUAUAUUUUACUCUACCAGAGACAGAAUCCCCCCAAAAAUUCUCAAAAAUAA